AUGGCGUUUAUUUCAAAUAUGCUCAUUGUACCAGUAAGGUCUUCAGAUGGUGUAUGUUGUAGAUAUGUACAUCGUACCAAUGUGAAUGAAUGUUUGACAAACCCAUGCCUCAAUGGUGCCUCAUGUUUUAAUAAACAUGGAUCAUAUGAAUGUCAGUGUAUUGCUGGUCGUACUGGUGUAAACUGUGCAGAAGAUAUAAAUGAAUGUCUAAACAAUCCAUGUUUAAAUGGCGGAACCUGUACUAAUACAAUAGGUUCUUAUAUAUGUCAAUGUUUACCACAAUGGACUGGUCUACGUUGUGAAAAAGAUGUGAAUGAAUGUUUGACAAACCCAUGCCUUAAUGGUGCCUCAUGUUUUAAUAAACAUGGAUCAUAUGAAUGUCAGUGUAUUGCUGGUCGUACUGGUGUUAACUGUGCAGAAGAUAUAAAUGCAUGUCUAAACAAUCCAUGUUUAAAUGGCGGAACCUGUGCUAAUACAUUAGGUUCUUAUAUAUGUCAAUGUUUACCACAAUGGACUGGUCUACGUUGUGAAAAAGAUUUUGAUGAAUGUGUGCAAAAUCCUUGCAUCAAUGGUGGAACAUGUUAUAACAAUGAAGGUUCAUAUACAUGCUACUGUUCACCAGGCUUUACCGGACGUAACUGUAAGAUAUAAAUAGAUGAGUGUUUAACCAAUCCUUGUUUAAAUGGUGCUACAUGUAUUAACAAUGUUGGUUCAUACAUAUGUCACUGUCCUGAGGGAUAUACAGGGAAAAACUGUGAGACAGAUGUGAAUGAAUGUUUGACAAACCCAUGCCUCAAUGGUGCCUCGUGUUUUAAUAAACAUGGAUCAUAUGAAUGUCAGUGUAUUGCUGGUCGUAGUGGUGUAAACUGUGCAGAAGAUUUUGACGCACAGACAUGUCUACGUCCAUGCGAGGCGGUUGACAUUAUUUGA